AUGACGCGCGUCACCCGGAUGUUCGGUGCGCCGAAGAAGUCCUUCGAGGACUCCACCUCGUGGGAUGAGUUCCAGCGCCAGCGCAAGGCCGCCGGUCCGCCGCCGAAGACCGCGGCCGAGGCGGUGGCCCAGCGCAAGGCCCUGCGCGCGCAAAAGGCCAAAGAGCAGAUGGCUUCUCCCAGUGCCGGAGCCAGUGCCGGGCCCAUGAGCAAGGCCGAGCGUGAGCGUGAGCGCCGGCGCCUGCGCGCCGCCAAAAAGACCAUCUGCUUUCAGUGUCGGGAACGUGGCCAUGCGGUGCGUGAUUGCCCGUUGACAGCUGGCGGUGUUGCCGGCGUCGACGGCGCCGACCGCAAGCUCAUGCAGGAGGCCGGUGCCGCGGUGUCCGGGAUCUGUUUCCACUGCGGGGCCGACGAUCAUGUUACGCGGUCCUGCACGGCCUCGGUCAAGAACUUCGGUUUUGCUCUGUGUUUCACUUGCGGCCAGCAGGGGCAUCUGUCCGGCGCCUGCGAGAAGAACCCCAACGGCCUGUACCCCGAUGCCAAGCUUGCACGGGCCCAGGAGCGCAAGGGCCCCGCCAACACCGAUGGCUUUGACCUCUCCAAGGAGCUCAUUGACCAGGAUCCCGACCUGCAGCUGGGCGUGGUGUCCAACCACAAGCGCGGCGACGGGACCCCUGUUGGCAGUGCCGUUUCCGGCGCCGGCGCCGGCGCCACCGCCCCUGCGGCGCCCGUCGCCAAGAAGCCUGUUCGGGUGGUCAAGUUUUGA